GCUGUGACCCUGGCCAAGGAAGCUGCGAAACAACCGUCGGUGGAUGCGUUUGUAUUCGUAUCAGCAUCGGACAUCUUUCCCAUGGUGGAUCCACGCUACAUUAGCACAAAACGCCAAGCCGAGCAGUUCCUUUUCUCAAGACCUGAAUUCCGGUCGAUUGUGCUUCGACCAGGUUUUAUGUAUAGCCAUGAACGACCAGCUGCCACACCGCUGGCCGCGGCUAUCCAAGUCGCCAACAUGAUAACCAAGCCGGUGGCCAAGGAACUCGAUACGCUGCCCUACGGUACCAGCUUGACCACGCCGCCGUUGCACAUCGACACCGUUGCCAGUGCAGUGGUUGCAGGCAUUGCGCAAAGGGGGCUCAAGGGCAUCUUUGAUGUGCAAGCCAUCCAGCAGCUGUCUCGUGCACCUGUAUCAUAG